AUGUCACUUACACCCGAAAUGACUCUAGGUCAGCCAAAAUCUGGUAAACGUAAGCCUGGACUUCGCUUAACAUCCAAGCACCUUCAGCCCGCUUCUUCCUCCUCGCCAUCACCCAAUUCAUCCUCAUCGUAUCUCGGUACCUCUCAGUCCAACACUAGAUUCCGAGAACAAAUUGGUAAUAUCGUCAAUGGAAAUAAUGGAGACAACUACAGCAGCCAGCCUGCAGAAGAGGAGGAGACCUCGCUAGCUGCUUCUUACUUGCAAUCCACUUUACCACCAUCAGUGUCUCAACAACAUCUUCAUCAACAACAGCAGCAACAACAACAAGACAUAAAAAAUCAAGAUAUCCCAGUAUUGCGUGAAGCCCCUCUUCCUCCACCUUCUAUAAACACAAGCCAGCAAGUACUGGAGCCUAAUUCACACUUUAUGGAACUAACAGCGGAGGAUCUCGAGACAUUAUCAAGAUUGGGCGAAGGUGCGGCAGGUACCGUGCGUAAAGUAUUGCAUAAGCCAACUCAGUUAGUCAUGGCAAAGAAGUCCAUCUCCACUGAGCCCGACCCAGCUGUUCAGCGUCAAAUUCUACGCGAGUUGGCAUUCCUCAAGACGUGUGAUUCGCCCUACAUUGUCUCAUUCUAUGGUGUAUUUUUAGACGAUGGGGAUACUACUGUUUCGUUAUGUAUGGAGUACUGUGAAGCUGGAAGCUUGGAGGACAUUUAUAAAAGAGCAAGAGAUCUAGGAGGUGUCAUUGGCGAGCCAGUGCUUGAGCGCAUUGCAGAAUCGGUCUGCAGAGGUCUCGUUUAUUUGCAUUCAAAAAGAGUGAUCCAUAGAGAUAUUAAACCGUCUAAUAUAUUGGUGACACGAAAAGGAGAGAUUAAACUUUGCGAUUUUGGUGUCUCUGGUGAAUUGAUCAAUUCUGUCGCACAGACGUUUACAGGAACCCAGUACUAUAUGGCUCCUGAGCGUAUUCAGGGCAAUGCCUAUGCUGUACAAUCCGACAUCUGGUCACUGGGUUUGACCCUAAUUGAAGUGUCGCAAAAUAGACCUGCUCUACCACCUCCAGAUCAACCUCAUCUUUCCAUCUUUGAGCUGCUUGACUUCAUUGUGCGUCAGCCUGUGCCAGAAAUUCAAGGAAGCCAUAUCUCGGACGAGUGUAAAAACUUUGUGGCUGUUUGUUUAACCAAGGAUCCUAAUUACCGCCCAACGCCUGCUCGUAUGUUACAACACCCUUUCAUCGCAAAAUGGACAAAUGUGCAUAUGGAUUUAGGACAAUGGGUCAAAGAAGUUUGGGGUUGGAACUAA